UGAAAUCACAAGUAAUGAAGCUGCAUACUCAUUUAAACAUCACGUGAAGUUAACAGAGAGCUAUGAAAGUUUUAAAACGGUACUAUCGAACACACCGUUGAGAAAAAAUUACGACGAACCCGAGAGCGCGUUAGAUGCGCUCGCCCAAGUGAUGGCGUGCAAAGAGGAAAUCGGUUGGCGGACACAGUCAAGAAAAAUCAUAGUAUUACUAACAGAUGCAUCAUACCACGUAGCUGGUGACGGCAAAGCUGGAGGCAUUAUGAAACCAUACGAUGGAAAAUGCUACACCGAAAAUGGUACUUAUGUAAACGAAGCAAAGAUGGAUUAUCCAUCUGUGGGUAUUAUCAACAAAUUAGCAAGAGACGAACAAAUAAUAGUAGUAUUCGCUGUUGAGUCUAAAGUUCAAAAUCAUUAUACAAAGCUUACCCACGCUUUGAAACAUUCAUUUUGUACUACUUAUGAUAGUAGUGACAUGGAUCAAAUUUUAAAGAAUAUUUAUGAGGCAAUAACUCAGAAUAUAAAAUUGGAAGUGAAAUCAGAAUAUAUUAAAAAAAUUGAUAUAACAUUCGAACCAGACUGUUUUACGUCAGAGGGAAAUGAAUGUAACGUUAAGAAAGGUGAAAAAAUCAAUUUUACAGGAACGAUAAAACUAUUAGAUAAAAUACCAGCAGAUACUUUUACAGUCGAUGUUCUAAUUGGAGGUAUUAAGGAAAAGUUGACGCUUAUUAUGAAUGUUAUUAACAAAUGUAAUUGUCCAACUGUUGAGAAUUCGACAGACUGUAGCUCAUUUGGUAAUCGAAGAUGUGGAAUGUGCGAAUGUUAUCCUGGCAGAUACGGUGGUGAAUGUGAGUGUACAGCGACGAGCGCCGGCCGCCGUUCCGACAAUGCGACCUGCAUCGCGCCGG